CACAAAUACUUGUUCAACAAUGGUGAAUUACUGUAACGUAUUACAGUGUCACAACAGAUCAGACAGGGAAACUGAUCGUUCUUUUUAUAGAAUUCCUGCAAUAAUUAGAAAUCAGGGUCAAGCAUGUGAAACGCUGUCCAGCCAACGACGACUUAAAUGGCUGUCAAGGCUAAAUCAAGAUUUUACCGGGAAAAACCUCGGGAAUGUCAGAGUGUGUUCAGAUCAUUUUAUUAUGGUUGACUUGUAUGACGAGACCAACCCUGAUUGGGCUCCCAGUCUGAAGAUGGGCCAUGAAAAACUUGGGUUUUCUAAAACUUCAAAAGACCGCCAUGAACGCAUUUCCAAGCGAAAAGCCACUAUCAAAGCAAAGGCGGCAGUGAUGUUCCCAGAAGAAGAAUUCUGUCCAAAUGAAGCCCCUGAUGACAGUACUAACACAGAUUGUAAUGUGGAAACACAGACAGAUUUGAAUGGGUUUUUAAUAGAUGCAAUGAGUUCUGAAUUGCAAGCACUAAGACUUGAAAUGAUGGAUAUUAAAAAGCAUGUUGCCAUUUCCAAAUUAUGUUUGUCCGAUUUGAUAGGGAAAGAUGAUAAGGUGAAAUUUCUGACCGGUUUGUCAUCUUAUGAUGUGCUUGCAAUGUUAUACGAGUAUCUGGAAGAUUUUAUUCCUACCAAAAAAUCGCUAACCAAAUUCCAGAUGCUGUUUAUGACACUCAUGCGGCUGAGACUGAAUUUGUCAGAACAGUUCCUUGCAUUUGAAUUUGCUGUUUCACAAUCUACAAUAUGCCGAAUGUUUUGUGAAGUUGUAGAUGUUUUGUAUGCUAGAACUAAACCAUUUGUACAUUGGCCUGAACGUGAGGAAUUGUAUAAAACCAUGCCUAUGGAAUUUAGGAAAUAUUUUGGGAAAAAAGUGGCUGUGAUCAUCGAUUGUUUAGAAAUCCUUAUAGAAAUACCCUCAAAUCUUACGGCUAGGGCACAAACAUGGUCAUCCUACAAACAUCACAAUACUGUAAAAUUCUUAAUGGGCAUAAGACCACAGGGCACAGUCUCAUUCAUUUCCAAGGGUUGGGGUGGACGGGCCACAGACAAAUACAUCACUGAACACUCAGGUUUUCUAAAUUACAUUCUUCCAGGUGAUAUAGUCUUAGCUGAUAGGGGGUUUGAUAUCAAAGAUAUAAUGGGUAGUCUCUGUGCGAAAGCUAAAAUACCUGCAUUCACUAGGGGAAAAGACCAGUUAUCACCCCUUGAGAUAGAAUCAACAAGGAAAAUUGCUCACUGUCGAAUUCAUGUUGAGCGGGUAAUAGGAUGUGUUCGUCAAAAAUAUACUAUGCUUGACAGCACAAUUCCUAUAAGAUUUAUGAUGACAAAAGACAGUGAGAGCAUGACCAUUCUGGACAAGAUAUGCCAUGUAUGUUGUUCUUUGACAAACCUCUGUGAACCAAUAGUCUGUUUUGAUUAAAUUUAGCAUUGACAAUUGACCCCAUAUGACAUGUUUUUUAAAAACUAUUACAAGUAAAAUUAUACCAAACACUCACUAUGAUGUUGUGUUGAUUAAUUUACUAAAGGUGUAACGAUAUGGCAGUACAGUAGUAUAUCACAAUACGAGGUCCACUAUAAUGAUACAUCAAUUUAUGGCAGCAAUAUCACGAUACAUACAUAAUUCCUGUUUUGCAGAAAACCAAUUUUGAUCUAUAUGUACAACAUGCGAACAAUCAGAAACAUAACACAUUGGAUUUGCUAAAUUUGCUAACUUAACUAGAUGCUGUAAUUGAUAUACAGUGUAAUUGUAAAAAGUUGUCAUUGCCAGAAAUAUUUUACAAUACCUAAUAAUUAGCAUCAGUGUUAUUAAGUAUUGGCAUAGUACGUACCACAACCUACCUGUAUUGUUACACCUCUCUAAUGUACUAUAAAAUAAUUUUCUAAAAUAUUCCAUUUGUUUGUUUACUAAUGAUAUGUACAUUUAUAAGGGCAAUUCUAUGUUAUUCGAGUGUAAAAUAUGGGAAAAUAUAUUUCACCAUUGACAUUUUGAUUAAAUACAAAAUAUUAAUAUUAUUGAUAUGUGUAGUCUGAAAAAAAAAAAAAAAAGACGUUAAUUUGAAAGCAAACAUAUUUUAAUCCUGUAGAAAUCAGGAUACCUACAUUUAGGUUUGAAUAAAUAAUAUAUUCAUGACAUAAAAUUAAGCAUAGUUAUAGCUGAAAUCUUGAGUAUGUUGAAAAUAUAUACACAUAUUGCUUACAAAGUUGUAUUUUUGGUCUGUCUACAGGCAAUAUGUUUUUCAAUUUGCAGUUCAUGUUUGUAUGUAAAUACAUGUACUGGAACCACCCAUAACACGUUUACAUUUGAACACAUUAAAGAUGUAGAUGUACAGACAGUUCACUUUUUUUUUCCUUUGAUGCACACCAUACUUAGUUCAGUUUUUUUCCCACGUUUGAAUUCUGGCAACAUACUGCAAUCGGGACAGUACCAUUUUUUGCUUUUUGGAGCCCUGCUUAUUUUCACACACUCAAAGUGAAACCACUUAAUUGCACAGUUUUCAUGAUCACAUCCGAUCAUAUCCCCAUGUUCAAUCUGUUCGCAAUAGCAAUAUAGUAAAUCUCUACUGGUUGAAGUUGAAGCCUCAUCACUUGCAGAGUUUUGGCAAAUUGGUUUUAAGGUUCGGCUUGUAUUAGGUAAACGGGAAUAAAAUUUUCCCACAAGUUCUGGCAAGAUCGCAGUCUGGAACAGAUGGGUUAUUUUGGUGGAAACACGACACCAAAAGUCACUGUCAAAUGACACAACUUCCACGUGCAUAUCCUGUUCAGUCCACACAACAAAGUAGCAGAACUCUCUUUUACAAACAGCAAGUUGAGUUUGUACUUGAUAAAAAUAAGCAUGUUGCUUGCUUAAUUUCA